AUGAUGAAGGCAACUGUCAUUCCAACAAGAAUGUUUCGAGCCAUUCGCAGGGCCCGAAAGCCCUGCUACUGUGUUGCAAGAGGCCUGGCUUCGGUUACAGGCUCCGCUCAAAUUGAGGCUUUAGUUACCGAACUGGAACAGGUGGAUACUGCCGCACUUUGUGAUGCUGACAAGACACUACUAGCGCAAUUGGGCACGUACGCAGGAAUUCGAUUGCUCAAAUCCAACGUGCGCCCCAUCAACAUCUCGGAUGCUACUUCGAAUCAUGUGAUGGUUGGCAGAGCACGUACUGUUCAAUGCUCCGAAAGAAAUGAUUUCCUUGCCGUGCUGCACGGUCUGAUGCUGUCUGAAAAAGGUGAUGUGCUAAUGGUUGAUACCUGCAAUUCGGAUCGCGCGGUAGCAGGAGAACUAUUCAGUUUGGAGGCAAUACAAAGAGGGGUGAAAGGGAUUGUCAUUGACGGACCGAUGCGGGACACUGUCCAUGUGAGAGACCUUCCUGCUUCAAUGGUUCGAUGCUAUUCCACCGCCGUCACACCAUAUUCCGGAACAACACAAUCUCCUGGCAUUUUGGAUGUACCCAUCACCUGUGGAGGUGUCACUGUGAAUCCAGGUGACAUUGUCAUUGGUGACAACGAUGGUUUGAUAGUCGCGGAUAAAGACACGCUGGAAACGCUUCUCCCCCAGGCAAAGAUGAUUUUGGACGCAGAGGAGAAGUUGAAAGAUGGGAUCUUGAGAGGCAAGAGCUUGGCUUGUCUCACCAGCUACGAGGAGCAUAUUGAAGCCCGCCUAGCUGGCCAAACGUCGUCGCUUGGUUUCAAAGUCUGA